CGGCGGCGGCGGCGGCGGCGGUUCCAGCAUGAAGAGGAGAGCUGGCCUGGGGGGCAGCAUGAGGUCAGUGGUGGGCUUCUUGUCCCAGCGGGGCUUGCAUGGGGACCCCCUGCUCACUCAGGACUUUCAGAGGAGACGCCUGCGGGGCUGCAGAAACCUCUACAAGAAGGACCUCCUGGGCCACUUCGGCUGUGUCAAUGCCAUUGAAUUCUCCAACAAUGGAGGCCAGUGGCUGGUCUCAGGAGGAGACGACCGCCGGGUUCUGCUAUGGCACAUGGAGCAAGCCAUCCACUCCAGGGUCAAGCCCAUCCAGCUGAAAGGGGAACAUCAUUCCAACAUUUUUUGCCUGGCGUUCAACAGUGGAAACACUAAAGUGUUCUCUGGAGGAAACGACGAGCAAGUUAUCCUCCAUGACGUUGAAAGCAGUGAGACCUUGGACGUGUUCGCUCAUGAAGAUGCAGUGUACGGCUUGUCGGUGAGCCCAGUGAAUGACAACAUUUUCGCGAGCUCCUCAGACGAUGGCCGCGUUCUCAUCUGGGACAUCCGGGAAUCUCCCCAUGGAGAGCCCUUCUGCCUGGCAAACUAUCCAUCAGCCUUUCACAGUGUCAUGUUCAACCCUGUGGAGCCCAGGUUGUUGGCGACAGCCAAUUCGAAGGAAGGAGUGGGACUCUGGGAUAUUCGGAAGCCUCAGAGCUCGCUGCUGCGCUAUGGUGGCAACCUGUCCCUGCAGAGUGCCAUGAGUGUGCGAUUCAACAGCAACGGGACCCAGCUCCUGGCCCUGAGGCGUCGCCUGCCCCCGGUACUCUACGACAUCCACUCCCGCCUGCCCGUGUUCCAGUUUGACAAUCAGGGUUACUUUAACUCGUGCACCAUGAAAAGCUGUUGUUUUGCAGGAGACCGUGACCAGUAUAUCCUCUCAGGCUCGGAUGACUUCAACCUGUAUAUGUGGAGAAUUCCCGCGGAUCCCGAAGCAGGUGGCAUUGGUAGGGUGGUCAACGGAGCCUUCAUGGUGCUGAAGGGACAUCGUUCUAUUGUCAACCAGGUUCGCUUCAAUCCCCACACCUACAUGAUCUGCUCUUCCGGCGUAGAGAAGAUUAUCAAGAUCUGGAGCCCCUAUAAGCAGCCAGGGUGUACCGGAGACCUGGAUGGUCGGAUCGAAGAUGACUCUCGCUGCCUCUAUACCCACGAAGAGUACAUCAGCCUAGUGCUGAACAGCGGGAGUGGCCUGUCGCACGACUACGCCAACCAGUCGGUGCAGGAGGACCCGCGCAUGAUGGCCUUCUUCGACUCCCUGGUACGCCGGGAGAUCGAGGGCUGGAGCUCCGACUCGGACAGCGACCUCAGCGAGAGCACCAUCCUGCAGCUACACGCUGGGGUCAGCGAGCGCUCCGGCUACACCGACUCCGAGUCUUCGGCCUCACUGCCCCACUCCCCACCUCCCACAGUAGAUGAGUCUGCCGACAACGCCUUCCACCUGGGGUCCCUGCGGGUCCCUGCCACCAACGCAGUGGCUUCUACUCCGCCGACCUCCACGUGUGAGGAUGCGGCCUCACGCCAGCAGCGCCUGUCUGCCCUGCGGCGCUACCAGGACAAGCGCCUCCUGGCCCUUUCCAACGAGUCCGACUCUGAAGAGAACGCCUGCGAGGUUGAACUGGAUACAGACCUCUUCCCUCGGCCCCGCUCACCCAGCCCCGAGGACGAGUCCAGCAGCUCCAGCAGCUCCAGCAGCAGCUCCGAGGAUGAGGAGGAGCUGAAUGAGCGCCGGGCCUCCACCCGGCAGCGGAACGCCAUGCGACGCCGGCAGAAGACAGUGCGGGAGGAGAGGCCCGGGGCUGCUGUCAAGCCCACGGCCACGUACAUCGGAGAAGACAACUACGAUUACCCCCAGAUCAAAGUGGAUGACCUCUCUUCCUCCCCCGCCUCCUCCCCUGAGCGGGGCACGGCCACUCUGGAGGGCCAGCAGAGCCGUACGUCCCCAACCUCUGACAUGGAGUCCGUGGAGAGAAAGAUCUACAAAGCUUACAAGUGGCUCCGCUAUUCCUACAUCUCUUACUCAAAUAACAAAGAUGGAGAACCGUCCCUGGGAGUGGGGGAGGCUGAAGAAGGGAGAGCGGGAACCAGCCACAGCAAGGACAACCCAGCCCCUUCUUCCAGUAAAGAUGCCUGCCUGCCUUCAGCCCUGGCCCAGAGGAACCAGGACCUGCCGCCUGAAGGCUGCAGCAAGGAUGUCUGUAAGGAGGGGACUUUGAGAAAUCCCAGCAGCAGCCCAGGCCACGAGCACAGCGGCCCUCCUUGUGCCGAGGCACAGGAGGGCACCUCCCAGGACACCACCAACAGUGGUGCUGUAGAACACACUUUUGAAUCCAAGAAGCUCAAUGGGAAGGCCCUGAGCAAGGCCCUGAGCAGCCGGGCCGAGGAGCCGUCCUCUCCUCCUGUCCCCAAAACAUCGGGCUCCAAUCUGAGCAGUGGGCCUGGCAGCUGUGCUAGGACCCAGCCUGACGACAGUGAGGACAGGAGUCUCGACACCAUCUGUGCCAACCACAACAAUGGCUGCUUACACCCCAGGCUCCCUCACCCCCACAACAACGGGCAGAACCUGGGGGAGCUGGAGGUCGCAGCCUACGCUUCCCCGGGACAUUCAGACACUGACCGUGAUAACUCGUCCCUGGCAGGCACGCUCCUACACAAAGAUUGUUGUGGGUCUGAAAUGGCCUGCGAAACCCCCAGUGCUGGAAUGAAAGAGGACCCCUGUGACCCCGCAGCCCCAGACGGCAGCAGGGCUGUUCAUGGCCACAGUGGCCUGAAAAGGCACCGAAUUGAAUUGGAAGAUACAGAUUCAGAGAAUUCCUCCUCAGAGAAGAAAUUAAAAACAUGACAAACAUAAAGGGAAGACAAAAAGCUACAAAGAGUAGCCUUAUUAAAAAAAAAUGUCUUGUUUAGUGAACACAGAGGAAAGGAAAAAAAAAAGUAUUAAAGGCACAUAAAACCAGGGCCUGAAAUGUUGUGUCUAAUGCUGCUCCCUUCUCUUGAACCUUCAGCAGUGGGUCUGAGUGUCUAGCUAGCCACUGCCUUGUGCUGAGACGGGGAGGGGGGAAACUCAAGCGACUCCUCUCUGGUGAGGUCGGCAAAGUGUCCCUGUGCAAGUGGAUUGACCUGAUCUUGUGUGUGUGUGAGGUCAUUUGAUAAGACCUUUCUUUUAGUCGGUCACCAACAAGCACCUGGGGGUCUGUGUUUUUUUUGGCCAUUUGCCCUGUUCACAUGCCGUAGGUGUUCUAUUGUAACACAGCCUGUUAAAGCAGGCUGUGGUGCUAGUGAGCUGUAAGUAGCUGCAGCAAAGAUGCUGAGGAGAGAACGGCGAGUGGCCUGCAAGCCCCACUUGCUGUGCUGGAGAGGAAAGCAUGGUUCCUUUUUAAGGAAGACUUCCACGCUUUCUCUGAGUAAUACUUCCUCACUAAGCGUUUAAUGUGGACACACUACAAGCAGAGCAUAUUCAAUGCUGAUGAGAGGUUAGCACUCAAGAACAGAUUAAGACAGUAAAGAUCCCUAAUCAGUUUCCUUGUUUGCAAAUCAAGCCGUGUACAACAUGUACUGGUUGGAGGGCAUACAAUAUGACUAUUUGUGGAUGACACACUAACCGGUUAGGUGCUAGUUCCUGUGAGCCAGCAGGUGCUUCUUGGGCAGCACGUAAUGACGUCUAGGCAUACUGAAAGAUGGGGAAAGGCUCAGGAGCUUUUGCGCUCAGACUACUAGAGCAGACGUAGGUAUGUGAACAGAAUGUGGUACUGUGUUCAUUUAAUUCAACCAAACACCGUCGGUCAUUGUUGUUGGGACUGGCAUCUUCCCUCAGGCCGGCAGUGUCCGGGCUGAACUUCACAGAGCAGUUGGCAUCUCCAGGUGGCAGAGUCUUACUGAGUAGGUCUGUUAGGAGGCAGAGAGGAAAUGAGGAGAGGAGUUUUCUGCCUUAAAACGCCUGAAAUUCGGAAGAGACCCAUCUCAUUGAGAAAAGGCCAGGUGAUUUUCAGCUGCCAUGGUGGUUAUAGUUAUGAACUGAGGGUAGUGCCAGACAAGAAGACCUAGGGAUGGCCAGGUAUCACUGGUGAAAAAUGAAGGGGAGAGGGAGAACAGAGCCACUUUUAUUUGGAGCACAAAGAUGCUAGACAAUGGUAGAGUGUAGCUGGGAUUGGCACAGGGAGAGCCUAGUACAAGGCUGUUGUAUCCCGGGUUUGCCAGCCUGCCUUUUGGCAGGUUGAGGACCUUGUCCCUCCUGGGCCUGGGACCUAAGGAUGACAACCCGUGGAUAUUGGAGGCGUGCAGGAAUCCAGGUGCUAGGGGAGGGCUUCCUCAGGAAAGGAAGGUGGUAGAGGGAAGCCACAAGCGGAUGACAUCUUGCUGAGCUCCGCGGAAGGGACCCUGAGUGUGCCUGGUAUGUGUGAUGCAGCUGGGGUGUGAACACGCUGUGGGCACAUACAAUGAACACGCGGACCCUUCCCGGGGACCGGGAAAGUGAUUGUGUAACCAACUGCAGAAUUCCUUUGGAUUUGUAAUCAAAAUGGUUCUAUGAUUUUUUUUUGUCUUUGACUAUUCACAGAUAAUUGUAAAUUCUGGUUUUAUAAGCCCAAGUCAUUUUACAUCUGCUUUUCCAAAAAUGUAUUAAAUUGGAAUUUUUAACCCUUUA